GAUCGGCGCAUAUCGACACCUAAACCGCCGACCCGCCGAAGUAAUAACGGUGCGAGGUUUAGGGCUCCGAUAAGCGGGCGCCAUGGCGGCGGGUAACGGCGAGACGGUUUCGCUGCGGACGGAGGUCGCCGCGCUCCGGCUGCGCGUACUGGAGUUGGAGAGGGAGAACCAGAGGCUCGCCCAGAUUGCCUCGAGCUGUAGCUGCGUCUCCAAGGACAAUUUUCCAUCCACUCUAGUUGCUGAUGCAAGUUUGUAUGGCUGUGAUCAAGAAGUGCAGAAUAAUGGAAAAUCACAUGAAAGUAGAACAUCAGGCCAUGAUUGCAAUGUUAAUGGGGAAGGACUUGAUGGUUUAUCUAAAAUUCAAAGCAAGCGUGCUAAUAGGGCAGGUCACCAAGUGGGGGUUGUAAGUCACUGCCAAAAGCGAUUAGUUGCUUUGAAAAUCAUGUACUUUGGUCAGAGAUUCUAUGGCUUUGCUUCAGAAGCCCACACAGAGCCAACAGUUGAGUCUGAGAUAUUUAAAGUACUUGAAAGAGCAAGACUACUGGUUGGCAGUAGGAAAGAAUCAUGCUAUUCUAGGUGUGGAAGAACUGACAAAGGUGUUUCUGCUACUGGACAGGUAAUUUCCUUAUAUUUGCGAUCGAACUUGAAAGAUCCAGGAGGGAAUGUAUUAGAUGAAAGAUCUGAGAUUGAUUAUGUGAAAGUAUUAAACAGAAUGCUUCCACGGGAUAUACGUGUAAUAGGUUGGUGUCCUGUUGCAGCAGACUUUCUUGCAAGAUUCUCCUGCCUGGGCAGGGAAUAUAAGUACCUGUUUUGGAAGGGGGGCUUGGAUGUUCCGAAAAUGCAGAAAGCUGCAUCUAAAUUCAUCGGGGAACAUGACUUCAGGAAUUUCUGUAAGAUGGAUGCAGCAAAUGUGAGUAACUACAGGCGACACAUCACAGAUUUUGACAUUUCUGCCUAUGACGAAAGGUCCAACAAUGAUGAGCUGUGGGCCAUGAAUAUCAAGGGUAGUGCUUUCCUGUGGCACCAAGUUCGCUGCAUGGUGGCUGUUCUAUUUCUAAUAGGUCAAGGCCUGGAAUCACCAUGCGUAGUCGAUUCAUUGUUGGAUAUAACCAGGACUCCCAGAAAACCUCAAUAUACAAUGGCACCAGAACUCCCAUUGAUUCUUCGAUCUUGUAAAUUUGAUAAAGUCAGUUUCAUGUCUUCAUCAGAUGCCAGUCAGGCUUUGAUUGAACAUUUGAAGGAUGAACACCAUCAGUAUAUGCUCCAAGCUGCCAUAUUUCAUGAGGCUUUGUCCUGUUUACCUUCUCCAGACCUUAAUCCAUUUGAAUCUCAUCAGAAGAAGAGAAAUCAUAUUCCUCUCAUGUCACGGCAAACAGAGCCUUCUUAUGAGGAGCGCAUAGCAAAACUCAAAGUAAGGCCAACAGUGUCUAGUUGAAUGACUGUCUUCAGUAGUCCACCGCCUUUGAAGAUCGGUGCUGCUGAUUGUUGUGGCUAUCCAGCAUGCAGGUUGAGCUCUACUUUAUUGGAACGCAUGUAUUCGAUUUGAAUAUGUGUACAUUUUGCCUAAACAUGCUGUAAAUUGUUUUCAGAAGUAGGUAGAUUAUUCUCGGUCUCACAUACUAUUGUAACAAGAUUGUCUCAAUCUGGAGUUCUUUCAUCUCUGAAGGUGAAUAUGAGAUCUAUUGAACUUGGGUUGAUGUCCACUCUUUGUAUAAUUAGCUUUGUCUAGCUCUUACUGUCAUGUGAAAGUACAAACUGGGUUUACCUGUAGUUGCACCUAAGCAACACUCCUUUUUUUCUCUCUAAAACGCGUUGUUGUUCCAAUGUUCCAAGGCAGAAUCAUUCGAUUUCUCAAGUACCA